GUGCCUCGCUUUGAGACAAGGCAGCAGUGCAAUGGUAGAGGGGAAACCAUAUCGGUAUGGACUGAUAGUGGCUGGCCUGUGUGUCUUGGCAGUUGGCCUCUUCAUCAUGAUGCAGGAGCGGCCACAUGUUUUUGCCACUUUGUGCGUUCUGGGUGUCACUAUGGUAUGCGCUGGGACUGUGUGGAGCCUCUGCCAGUGCUAUCCUAAGGUCAUUGUGGCUCAUGAAAUUCAGGAGAAAAGCCUAGAAAAUAUCAUGGGUCCUAUGGCUGAAGAUGAAAGACACACUGAGGUUCUGCCAGGUUUCUGUGGCCAAAAGCUGAGCAGCGUCAGACUUCUCCCAGAGACCCUGAAGAGUCAGUGUCAGAGCUGUCCCACUCUGCAUCUGGUCUGAGGAAGGGACAACACUACCAGAGGACUCCUCCAGGGUACCACACUGCUCUCAGGAUAGUGAGGAGUCCCCUCGAUGAAUUUUUAUACUUCCUUUCUGCAUCGCUCACACAUCUUGCUGUUUGAAUGUGCCUUUCUUUUGUUUUCUUUUUACAUCUAAUGGAAGCAACUGACCAUGUAUCAACGGUUUUGCACCACUUGUCAUUGUGAAAUGCUUAAUAAAGCUAAUUAAGUGUUA